AUUAACUUAGUCUAAAAGGAAUCAACCCUUGGUUUUUUCUUCUCCUUUUGGUUCAAGUGAGAAGACCGUGCGGACGUUGGUCACGCUCACGUUGAAAGUCUCGAGCAGCUCCACCGGAGCAGGAACAUAGAGUGAGGGGGAUAGAAUGUUGUUAAUCGGAGCAGAGGACGAAGAGAAAUGGCUGGCGGAAGGGAUCGCUGGUAUUCAGCACAACGCUUUUUACUUGCAUCGAGCUUUGGAUUCCAAUAAUCUUAGAGAUGCUCUCAAGUACUCCGCUCAGAUGUUAUCAGAGCUCCGGACCUCCAAACUCUCUCCUCAAAAAUAUUACGAACUUUAUAUGCGAGCUUUCGAUGAAUUGAGGAUAUUGGAGAUGUUCUUUAAAGAUGAAAGCAAACACGGUGUCUCUGUGGUUGAUCUGUACGAGCUAGUUCAACAUGCCGGCAAUAUUUUGCCUAGAUUGUAUCUCCUAUGCACGGUAGGAUCUGUCUAUAUCAAAUCUAAGGAGGCUCCUGCGAAGGAACUUCUUCAAGAUCUUGUGGAAAUGUGUCAUGGAGUUCAACAUCCCAUACGUGGACUUUUUUUAAGGAGUUACCUUGCUCAAAUCAGUCGAGACAAGUUACUAGAUAUUGGUUCUGAUUACGAGGGAGAUGCUGACACUGUGAUGGAUGCUGUGGAAUUUAUACUGGAAAAUUUCACCGAGAUGAAUAAACUUUGGGUGCGAAUGCAGCUUGAGGGACCUGGUAGAGUUAGAGAGAAGCGGGAAAAAGAAAGGAGCGCACUUCAAGAACUUGUAGGAAAAAAUCUCCAUGUUCUCAGUCAGAUAGAAGGGGUGGACCUUGAGAUUUACAAAGAAACAGUUCUUCCAAGAGUCUUAGAGCAGGUUGUCAAUUGCAAAGAUGAUCUUUCCCAAUAUUAUUUGAUGGAUUGCAUAAUUCAGGUGUUCCCUGAUGAGUAUCACUUGCAGACUCUUGAGAUGUUAUUGGCAGCUUGCCCCCAGGUCCAGCCAACAGUUGACAUCAAGACAGUUUUGUCUCGACUAAUGGACAGACUGUCAAAGUAUGCUGCUUCAAGUGCUGAUGUAUUAACUGAAUUUCUACAAGUUGAAGCCUUCACUAAAUUGAGCAAUGCAAUUGAGAAGGUCAUAGAAGUGCAGGUAGACAUGCCUGCUGUUGGAGCUAUAACUUUGUAUGUCUCUCUUCUUACCUUUACUCUUCGUGUUCAUCCUGAUCGGCUUGAUUAUGUGGAUCAAGUACUGGGAGCCUGUGUUAAGAAGCUGUCUAGCAUACCAAAACUUGAAGAUAGCCGGGCAACAAAACAAGUGGUUGCUCUUUUGAGUGCUCCAUUGGAGAAAUACAAUGAUACAGUAACAGCCUUGAAAAUUUCUAAUUAUCCACGAGUAAUGGACCAUCUUGAUAAUGGAACAAAUAAAGUCAUGGCAAUGGUUAUCAUUGAAAGCAUUAUGAAGAAUAAUACAUGCAUAUCAACUGCGGACAAGGUUGAGGUGUUGUUUGAAUUAAUAAAGGGACUCAUUAAGGACCUGGAUGGUGCUACGGAUGAGCUUGAUGAAGAGGAUUUCAAAGAUGAGCAAAAUUCUGUUGCUAAGCUAAUUCACAUGCUAUAUAAUAAUGAACCGGAGGAAAUGUUGAAGAUUAUAUGUAUUGUUUGGAAGCAUACCAUGGCUGGGGGACCAAAACGCCUACCCUUUACAGUUCCUUCACUUGUUUUUUCUGCACUUCGGUUGGUUAGGCAACUGCAAGGUCAGGAGGGAGACAUAGUGGGAGAAGAAGUGCCAGCAACACCAAAGAAAAUUUUCCAGCUCUUGAGUCAGAUGAUCGAAGCACUUUCAGCUGUUCCAUCACCUGAACUUGCUUUAAGGUUGUACCUACAAUGUGCUGAGGCAGCUAAUGGCUGUGAUCUUGAGUAUGUUGCUUAUGAAUUUUUCACUCAAGUGUUUGUAUUGUACGAAGAAGAAAUUGCGAACUCCAAAGCCCAAGUGACUGCAAUUCAUCUGAUAAUUGGGGCUCUCCAGAGGAUGAAUGUCUUUAGUGUCGAGAACCGAGAUACUUUGACACACAAGACCACAGGAUAUUCAGCUCGACUAUUGAAGAAGCCCGACCAGUGCAGAGCUGUUUACGCAUGUUCACAUCUUUUUUGGGUUGAUGGUCAGGACGGCAUUAGGGAUGGGGAGAGGGUCCUGCUGUGCCUAAAGCGAGCAUUGAGGAUCGCAAAUGCUGCUCAACAAAUGGCUAGUAUUGCACGAGAUAGCAGUGGGCCAGUCACGCUCUUUGUUGAGAUAUUGAACAAGUACCUCUAUUACUUUGAAAAAGGAAAUAAACAAAUCACCGCUGCUGCGAUCCAACACCUGAUAGAAUUAAUCAAUACAGAGAUGCAGGGUGAUUCUGCAACCUCAGAUGCUUUUCUUGCCAGUACCUUGCGUUACAUUCAAUUCCAGAAACAAAGAGGAGGUGUAAUGGGUGCCAAAUUUGAAUCCAUUAAAUUGUAAGUAAAUUUUUGGGAAUGUAAAGAAUUAUCGUUGUGAGGAGGGGCAACCAUGUUGUUUAGUUUUGCAUAGUUGAUGGUUGAAGUUGGAGAGUAUUUUGAUUUUACUAUCGAACUAAACGCCUUAUAAAAUGGUCUCUAUUCUCGAGUUCUGUUA